CUCUCUCUCUCUCUCUCUCCUUUUGCUCCCUACCCAUAUGUUAGUGCUUCCUCUCUCCCCCCCUCCCUCUCUUAGUUUCUCCCUCCUUCCCUCUUCCCUCCUCCAUCCUCCCUCCUCCCUUAUUCUCUCUUAAACCCACACCCUGGUGCAGACCUAGAUGUUUAGACACCAGAAGACACUCACAGCCUUGUCUACCUCCAUCUCUUUCCAUCCCUGCCCUGGAGGAUUAAAGCACACUGCUGUGUGUAACGAAGGCAACAAUGUCUGACAAACCUGACCUGACAGAGAUCGCCUGCUUCGACAAGACCAAACUGAAGAAGACUGAGACGAAAGAGAAGAACCCCCUGCCAACCAAAGAGACCAUUGAACAGGAAAGGAAAGGGGACGCCACACCUUGAUGUGACUUGGUGAAGAAGAGGAGAAGAGAAGAUGCCACCA